GUUCUCUCUCCAAUCCUAAAUGACCAUUUUACCCUGCCGCGAUGUCUCUUCCCAAUUAUCAUAGUUGAUCUGCUCCCUCUUCCUUGUCUUCUUUCGUGGACAUCUCCGAUUGCCGGAACGAGUUUUAACGAAAUGACGAAAACACCCUCCUUAACACCUGGCAAAGCAACAAAAUAGUCGUCAUUUCUGAAAAAGUACAGUUCUUUUUCGUCCACUCAAGAAAAGCUCCUCCCUUUUGUCCAUUCUUCCCCCUUCUCUUGACCUAGAAAAUAAAUAAAAUAAAAUUAGGGGAAAAGUGUGGCGAGAGCGAGAGUUCUUCAGUAGAGAUAACGGGAAAUGGACGGUAGCGGCUACAGGAUAGAGGCGGAACGGUGGCUCACCAUAGCUGAGAAGCUUCUCACAGCACGUGAUUUCCAGGGUGCCAAGAGCUUCGCAAUUCGAGCAAGAGAGUCUGACCCGAGGCUCAUGGAGUUUUCUGAUCAAAUUAUUGCCAUCGCCGACACACUUCUCGCCGGAGAGUUGAGAAUCAUUAGCUACAACGGCGGUGGUAGCCAUGACUAUUACGCGAUCCUUCAACUCCCGAGAUUGUCUCAGUCCAUGGAACUUGUUGCGAACCAGUACCGUAAGCUUGCUUUGUUAUUGAAUCCUACCAGGAAUAGGCUUUCUUUUGCGGAUCAUGCUUUUAGGCUCGUUUCUGAGGCAUGGAUGGUGUUCUCCAACCCCUCGAAGAAGGCAAUGUACGAUCACGAGUUGCAAAUGAGUCAGCUCGGACAACUCGGUCAACUGGGACAACUGGGCCAACUUGUCAUGCCUGGUCAAGAGUUCCCACAGGGGCAGUCUUCACAAGGAAAUGCGAGGAGAAGCCCUAAAAUCAGCAGGGAUGGUCGAGUAGUAGUGGACGAGGAUGACGUGGCUCAACCAGACCCAAGUCAGUCAACUCGCUUAGAAACUCAGCCGAGAAUGACUGAGCCUAUUCGGCCAAUUGCUCAGCAUAGAGUCACCGAGCUGAAUCGUCCUGUGCCUCAGGCUGUACCACAAGCAAAAUCAACUGAGCCUAUUCGUCCUGCACCGCAGCCUGUAGCAACUGAGCCGAUUAGGCCAGCAGCCCAGCCAAAAGCAACGGAGCCCAGUCGCCCAGCACCCCAGCCGAAAGUAUCUGAGCCGAGUCGACCACCUUCUCAGCCUACUGGUGUUGAGUCAUCACGUGCAACUCGGUCGACGACCCAGACAAGUGUUACUGAGUCAGAGAUACCGAGUUUCUGGACUGCAUGUCCUUACUGUUACAUUCUCUAUGAGUAUCCUAAGGGUUAUGAAGAUUGUGCAAUUAGGUGUCAGAAAUGUAAACGAGCGUUCCAUGCGGUAAUGAUACCAUCACCGCCAGUAACAGGUAAAGACACGUACUUCUGUAGCUGGGGUUAUUUCCCGUUGGGAUUUAAAGGCCAUGGUAGAGGUGGAGGUGGAGGUGGUUUUGGUAUUAAUUGGUCACCGGUAUCGGCAAUGUUUAGCACCCCUCAUCCAGGCGGUGGAAAAUCAAGCCAGAGCAAUCCAUCUAAGAGAUCUGAGCCGAAAGUGAUUUACAAAGAUGAUGACUUUAUAGAUAUUUCUGAUCCGAGUGGUGAUGAGUCGGAUUCGGAUGAUGAUGAUUGGGAUGGUAGAAGAAAGAAAUCAAAAAAUGCCAGAGGGAAAGCAACGCACAGUAAAAAUGUGAAGAAAUCACAAAAUGAGAGAGCGAAGAAGGUGAAUGUUCAAAAUGCGGAUGGCGGGAAUAAUGUGCAAGGAGAGGUGGUAGGGAAGGGGGAAGGAAGUAGUGGGAAGAAGAGGGGAACAAAGGAUUUGGGGAAGUUGGAUUUGAAUGUAAUGUUUAGCAACGAGGUGGAGGAGGCAGUGCCAGGAGUGAGUGAACGACAUGGAGCCGGAAAUGGGGAGGAGGAUAAUAUUGAAGGUAUUGGGUUUUUUGAGGGUCUUGACGAAUUUUUGAGUAGUUUGCCAAUACUCUCGGUUGUCGGGGAUGACAAAGUCAAGGCUAGUUAGUGAAGUAAGACCCUUCCAUUUUGUUUUUAGUUUUCAUGUAUUCUCCCUCUCUUCUUUUUAAAGUCCUUUGUUGUAUGGCUGUAGCAUUUAUCAUGGAGAGGUACCAGCAUUUGGUUUGCAAUUUAGCCUUGCUGUUGAAUCCAGUGUAUAUUUUGCAGGCAUUUUGCUUUCCUGAUCUGAUCUCUUACUUUUCUGAAAUGAUAACUUCUUCCCUGUUUA